GGAUGUGUCCGUAUGCGAUUGUUUGUCAGUGUGUGCAGUGCGCAAAGUAGAGUUCGUACCCAGCUGUCAAAAUUCUUUCUCGAGUGCGAAAGUGAGUGCGGAUCUUUCAGAAAUGAUUUUAAAGACAUAACUUUAUUUUAGAGUUAUGUAUGCCAAUACGUAUUCGUAUGCAGAUAUUUUAUCUUGUUGUAUAACAAGCAGUACUUACACCGAUCAAAGACACCAUGGUGCAGUGUCAUCCGCCGUUGGAGUUAGAGGAAUUGCCAAAAGAAGACGAAGAAAGGCUAGAAAAACUAUUUUCUAAAUUAGACAAUGAUGGAAAUGGGAAGAUCGACAUUCACGACUUAUCUGUGGCGCUCAAGGAACUCGCUCCUCACAUCAACCGGAGUUAUGCAGAGAAAUUCCUGGCGAAAUCCGGGAAGAAAGACGCGGGCGAUGUCACUCUGUCAGAAUUCAUUCACUACGUUCGGGAGCACGAAAAGAAUCUGCGGUUGCAGUUCUCACACCUUGACAAGAAUAAAGAUGGGAAAGUUGAUUUGGAAGAACUUCAAACAGCGUUUGCUGAUCUGGGCAUAGCAAUAGGCAGAAAUGAAGCCACCAAUCUCUUGAAACGGAUGGACCAGGAUGGGAGUCUCAACAUCAGCUAUGACGAGUGGCGGGAUUACCUGCUCCUGGCACCGUCGACAGACAUUCACGCUCUCAUACACUUCUGGAGACACUCUACUUACCUGGACAUCGGCGAGGACAUGAACGUCCCAGAUGACUUCACCCAGAGCGAGUUGCAGACUGGGAAGUGGUGGCGUCAUCUCCUCGCCGGAGGAAUCGCGGGCGCGGUCAGCCGGACCUGCACAGCGCCCUUGGAUCGUCUUAAAGUGUUCCUACAGGUGAAUCCAACCAGAGAGAACAUGAGUAAAUGCUUAGCAAAAAUGAUUAGUGAAGGUGGUAUAGGCGGCAUGUGGCGCGGUAACGGAAUAAAUGUGAUCAAAAUCGCCCCCGAAUCCGCUUUAAAGUUCGCGGCGUACGAGCAAGUGAAACGGUUGAUAAAAGGAGAGAGAAAGAAUCAACCGCUCGAGAUCCACGAGCGGUUUUUGGCGGGCGCAACCGCAGGAGCGAUCAGCCAGACUGUGAUCUACCCACUAGAGGUGCUAAAGACAAGAUUAGCUUUAAGAAAAACUGGCCAGUACAGCGGUAUAAUGGAUGCGGCGCGGAAGAUUUACGCGCGCGAGGGUCUGAAGUGUUUCUACAAAGGUUACAUUCCAAACAUACUGGGGAUCGUACCGUAUGCGGGGAUAGACUUGGCAGUUUACGAGACGCUGAAAAAGAAGUAUAUUAGUAAAUAUCAGGCUAACAACGAACAGCCGGGAAUUCUGUUGCUGCUUGCGUGCGGUAGCGCGUCGUGCACGCUCGGACAAGUGUGCUCUUAUCCUUUGGCUUUGGUGCGGACGAGGCUGCAAGCGCAAGAAAAAGCGGCCAAGGUAGCUGAAGGUACGAUGCGCGGUGUUUUCCGCGAGAUCGUCCAGCGAGAGGGCUUCCGAGGCCUGUACCGCGGCAUCACGCCCAACUUCAUCAAGGUCAUACCCGCAGUAUCCAUCUCCUACGUCGUCUACGAGUACGCCAGCCGCUCGCUCGGAGUCAACAUGACGUGAUCGACCCCCUAGCCAAUAGCGCCCCGCGCCGAGAAAGAAUCAAACAUUGGCGUAACUAGAAUUUAGAUAAUAUCACCCAGAAACUUAAUAAAAAAACAGUAUUCAACCCUAAAAAAUGUUAUACUAACUACGAAUCCGUUCGUAGUAAAGGCGUUUUGCUUGAAACCAACUGCGUCAUUAACCAUUCGUUAACGCCGCUAACAUACUGCAUGUAUAAUAAAUAAAUUUGGGUUUUUAUAAAAAUUCUGGGUGAAAUGCUGCUUCGGAAACGUCCGAUGGCACUAACUAGUUACGCCUAUGCUCCCAUCACAUUCUAUCUUAAGCAUAUUAGCAAAUUUUGCAUUUGAUUGUACAUAGCUCUCGUGUUAAGUCUUAUUAUUUAUUCGUGAAUUAUUCCAUUAAUGUAACAAUUUUAUUGAUCCUCGUUCGUUGUUAUGUCCACAGUAACUUUUAAGCCCGAACCUGUGUUGGUUAUUUUAAUAUUGCAUUAAAAAAUUUGACUAUACUUGUGCUGAUCUAGAGAAUUUGCGGUGGUCAUAUGACAAGUCUGCUACGUGCAGGCAUCAUCUGUGAUUAAAAUAAAUUGUGUAAUUUUUUA